UUACGCUGACAUCGAGUAGAUUUGGAGCCGUGGUCAGACAAGAGUUUCUGGAGAAAUUGCUCUCGACGACAUGAGGACGUUUGUGGAGAAGGCACCAACAUCAACCUAGGUUAAUCGGGUUGCGGGCAAUGACGAAACUCUAUCGGUUUGCAACAUCGGAGCAUAACAGAACUGUAUCUUGUGCUCCUCUUAAGUGCGAAAUAAUACCACCGAGAUACAAUCCCAAACAUUUCUCCCGUUGCAACGACGUAUCAACACAACAUGGCCCAAGAGCUGUUCCUCUGGGACCACCCUGUGAGCUCUUAUGCGCAGAAGGUGCGCAUUGCACUCCGAGAGAAGAAGAUACCAUUCAAGCUGGAAACUCCAAGAGGCAUUGGGAAUGGCGACAAAGCUGCUGUGCCGUCAAACUUUUCGGAACAUAAUAUGCGACUCGAAGUACCCCUCCUGAUUGACGGCGACUUCAAGAUUACCGACUCGACCAUCAUCCUAGAGUACUUGGAGGACAAGUAUCCCGAGACACCGCUCCUGCCAAGAAGCCCAAGGGAACGAGCAAGAGCUCGAAUGAUAGAGGAGGUUUGUGACUCGCAGUACGAGGCGCUCAAUUGGGGCGUAAGCGAAGUCACCAACUUUGAACGGGCGCACGGAGAACAAGCGGCCAAACUUCACGAGCAAGCCAAUCAUCAGGUCAAACAGAUUCAAGCCUGGCUGACGGAACAGCUCGGCGAUGCUGAGUGGUUCGGCGGCGAGCGAUUCGGCUGGGCUGACCUUUGUGUGUGGCCUAUGGUCAAUCGGUCGAUGUUCUAUGACUUGGGACCGCUGCCAGGAUCUGCCCUGAGAGAUUGGUGCGAGAGAGCAAUGCAGCGCGACUCUGUGAAGGCUACAUACGAGGAAUAUCAAGCGGGGAACAAGCUUCUCAAGGGAGCUGCAGGGGCUUUGGAAAAAGGUGUGAUGAGGCGUGAGUAUCGAGACCACCGGCUGGAGUGGAUGAUCAAGUCUGGAGGUGUGGACAUCGUGGUGGAAGGGUUGAAGAAGCGGAAUAUUCGAUUUUCGUGGCCAGAUCCGAUGGAAUAGGAAAGACCGCUCACAACGACUUUUGCAUGAAGAACGGCACAAAGCCAGUGUUGACGGCAACAUGUUUGGGAGAAAACGAGGGAAUGUAGUUGAGGAGGUUUCUUACUCCUGGAGAUGAUUCUACCGGUGUUUCUUCGGCCAAAUCUCACCCUUACCAUUACAGUAACAAUCUUGCUUGAAGAAUCAC